CAUGCAAAGCAUACUCUACAUGAAAAAGGCGGAUACUUUGUUACCAGUGUGGGCGAGACCUUAAGAGAAAUUGAAACCUCAAACUGAAGAGAACAAGAAACUGCAAACACAUUUUUGGUUCAGUCAGACAUUGACAGAAAAUGGAUGCCACUAAAAACCUGAUAAGUGAGGCACUUGAGCAGCUAAUGAGUGCGGAGUUCAAGACGUUCGUCUGGCACCUGUGGAACGGUGUGUCAGCAGACAUCGAGGCCAUUCCUCGAUCGGCUCUGGAGAACGCUGAUCGGCAGGAUGUGGUGGAUCGCAUGGUGCAGAAGUACAGCACUAACGCUGGGACCGUUGCAGUUCAAGUGCUGCUCAACAUCCACCAGAACGACCUCGCAAAGCGCCUCGAUGUGAAACUUCAGAAAGCGAAUUCUAGCUGAUUAGGAAGAGUUCAGCAGGAACAAUCCCAUCUACAGCAACACAGCCAUGAAAAUAAAAUCAAGGGAACAUUGUUUUAAGAUUUCAUUUAUCUGUAAUGUAGUUAUUCAUUGUCUUUCUGCAAAUCAGUAAUUGAUGAAAAACACAUCAUGUCUGUAUUUCUACAGUAACUCACAAAAAGAAUGAAUUUGAACAACAGCAGUGGUCAGAGUUAUUCUCUCAUCUAAUAAAUGUGAUGUUGUUUACUACUG